AUGGCUUCAGUGCGUUUAAAAUCUCUUGGUUUUAUGUGGUACACAUUUAUCUGUUUCAUUCUUCAAAUAUGUUCAAUUCUUGACGAUUUUCGCACUAUUCGUUAUUAUGAUUCUCUUACUUGGCCACAAAAACCGUAUAAUAUUUUAACAAUAUCAUUAACAUGUUUGGCUAUUAGUCUCAUUGGUGGUCCAUUAUGUUCAAUUAUGAACUUAAUCAAAGUAGGAAGUUUAGUUGAAGAUCAUUUUCAAUUUGGAUUAGAAUAUGAUUUAAAUCAGAAACAAAAUCGUUUAGCAAUACCAUUUGUCUCUCUGGCAGAAAUACAAAUCACAUUGUUACUAUUACUACCAAAAAUUUUAUUAGAAGGAGAAGAAAUUAAAGCUCAAUUAAAAUCUGAAGGUUUUGUAUUCGAAUCUGAUUUAGAUUUUCUAUUAGGUACGGCUGAUCAACGUAUUAAUUUGUACAAUCAAUCUACGAUCACAUUUUAUCGUUCAUUAACAUUUUCCUAUUAUAAACCUGUUGUUUCAUGUGAACUUUUGUAUUAUUUUCUCGUAUUAUGUCGUUUAUCAUAUUUAUAUGCAUCAGCCUUUUGGCAUUCAAAUAUAUGUUAUUGUAUAUUAUGCAAUCUUCAUUCAAUUCUCGUAUUAACAUUGUGCAUAUUUACUGUAGCAACAUUCGAAGUUUUAUAUAAAAAUAUGACACUCUUAUUUUCAUCCGUAACCGUAUUACAAAUAUCGAAUUUUAUACAGACACCUCUGAUAUUAUUAAUUUUUUUGUUUUUGGGACUACUAUUAAUAUUAUUGACAAAUCAUUGUCUUUAUUAUUUUGGUUAUAUUCUUUAUGAACAAUCAUUGCUUAGACUAAAAAAUCAAUUAAUUCGAUUAUCAAAUUUAGAUGAUAAAUAUUUUACUAAUAAAGAUCGUCCAUUACGUCGUGCCCUAUUAUUUUAUCUAUUAUUUGUCUUUCUUAGUUUACUCUGUUUUGUAUUGUACAUUUAUCACAUCAUUAAAAUGUUUCAACAAGGAAUUUAUGAUUUAUUAUUAAUUAUUCAAUUAGGACUAUUUGUAUUUUAUCUUCUAUUCUCAUUGAGUUUAUUUGUCUUUUUAACAUGUACACGUGUUUGGCAUUUUCAAUUUUCACCCUCAUCCAAAUAUCAAUGUUGGAAUCAUUUAAAUUCUCAUCAUAGUGCUGUUGAACAACAACCACAAACAUCCCAAAGUAUUACAUCAACAUCAGAAGAAAGUUCAAAUAGUAGUAGAAAUAAUAUUAUUGAUCAAAUUGUGUAUAAUCGUCGACCAAUUACUCAUUCAACAAAUGUUGAAGAUAAAUUAUUUACAAUCGAUACUUCUCAACAUGAAUAUAGUUGUGCACAACGUACAGUUAAUAUACCAACAGUGAGUAGUCGGGGUUUAACUGUACUAGAUGAAGAUGGAAUACAUCUUACAUCAUCUAUGAAUAGUAACAAUUAUUCUCACUCUCAUAGUAGAACAUUGAUUAAUCCAUAUGAUAAUCGUACAUUAACAUCAAAUAUUGAUAAAACUCAUCAUGCCUCAUCUACAUACUCAUUUGUAUGUUUAAAUAAAGAUGAGAAUAACGAACAAACAUCAGAACACUCUAAACAACUAAUAAAUGUUCACGAACAUGUAUCAACAAGUGUUGAUGAUAUUGAUUCAGGAAAUCAUUCAUCAUCGACAUUAUCUCAACAACAUCAAGUUAUACAUCAUCAUCAUCAUCAUCAUCACCAUGAUCAUGAUCGACCAUUAAUACAUCCAAAUUAUCAAAGAAUAAAAGCAGGUGUAACCACCGAUACAUUACUUGUCAUGCACUAA